AAUUAAUAAAAUAAAGGUCUUUAGACACCAAUGUCAUUCUCUCGCUUAUUAGUUACAAGCAAACCCUUAAAUUAUGGGUUAUGAUUCAUCAAUUGGUAUCAGAGCCAUAGUCCUAGACCUGGCCGCGAUCCACGCUCUAGCGCAAAGCACCAGGGAGACUAGCGAGACUGAUGAGGCAACUUGUACGAGGCUUGCGGUGACUUGCGAUCGGAUGAUGACAUUAUGUUACUAUUGGGGGCUUAACCAUGACUGCGCAACUAUCAUCAAUGGAGAUCGAAGCGACAACGAUGUGGCCCGCAUCGAUGCCAAUGAAAUCAGUGUGGCGAAGGAGAUCAAGAUCUUUGUCAAUGAGAUCGGCGGGAAGGAAACAUUGCACAAGGGUGAUAAUCACCUAUGCAGGUGGACGAGUUUUUUGGUGGCCGCUGAGAAGCUUUGGGGCUGCUAAAAGGGUUGUCAUUUCUAUGUAAGUCGUCGGGUGGAAGUAAGUAUUACGAGGUACCGUUCGGGGCUGCGCAUUCAUUUGCGGGGUUAAAGAGACAAACAAAAUGGUCGCUUGAUCGAUGGGGUCUAAAUGAAGAUAGGCUUAAAUUGGUAUUACGCGGCAGGAUUUCUACCAUUUUCCCUAACUAUAGGGAAUUUCGGUCAAUAUUCAUGAUUGGAAAUAUAGAAGGAAAGGGGAGUUAGAGGCGUAUGGGAUGGAAGGUGCAGUGAAGGGGUUGAACUCGGGUGUUGGCCAUGGGAUGAAGGUUAUGUUACAUGAGUAGAAGGCAUUGGGUGCUAUUUUCAUUCGACCUAAGCUCUGGUAUUUCAGGUAAGGAUUUUUUGCACCUGUCGAUGGCCACGUUGCCGAGUUAGGAGUCCCGGCCAAUACGAGGAAGAAGAUUAGAGACCGAAGUGCAAGCUGAAAAUUUCGAAAGCGAGAGAAGCCUCAAUGUCAUCACAAGAACUGUGGUUGCUUUCAUCAUCGACUAUCGCGUCUCAACAUGAACCGAACCUUGGGGAUCAAGCUAUGGUUCGUUGAGGGAGAAGGAAUGAUGAGAACAAAUGUUUGUGCUUUGGGAUUAGUACGUAUUUGUGUUGAUGGGUUUAGGUUAUUAGGUUUACACCUGCCUUUGUUUAGGUUUAUACAUAGGUAAUGCAAGUUGCAUGGGUUUCAUAGGCCAAGUUCUAGCCGAGUAGUAGAUUAGUAGUUGUGGGACAAGAUACGUAUUAAGAGUUGGGGUUAGCUAGGGCUACAUAUUAGGUUUAGUUGUCUAUAUAUUGUAACUACGACAUUAGUCUGAUUUAUCGAAUUAUAAAGUAAAGGUUUAUCGACAACAAUGUCAUUCUCUUGCUUGUGAGUUGCAAGCAAACUCUAGAACCGAGAGUCUCGCUUAUGAGAUAUGCCCUUGAUCUUCUACAAAAUAUAUCCUCAAAUUCAUUGUGAACAUUGUCAUAUAACACCUUAAUGACAAUUAGUACGUGAUAAACCGUAAAGAACACAGAGAUUUUAAAGUGGUAUCUCUGAUAAAUAGGACUAAUUCAC